UCUGAUGUCGCCUAUUCAAGCGAUAUGGUCGAAGACCAAGACUCGCGAGUCAACAUUAAUGUAUCGAGGCGUUCGAAGCCUCAGCUGGAUCGCGCCCACCGAGAAGUUCGCGUGACUGAACGAAGCAGCCUUAUGCUUGCAAGAGAAACCGUGAGUACAAAAGGUAUAGAAUGGGGCAUCAGUCUGGAAGCAAGUCAACGCUCUCUUGUCAACUUCGAUUGUGGUCGAUUUUGAGGACUCGCUCUCGCGUUCCGUCCAGUCUCUUCCCGGUCAAUCACGACCUUCACACUCGUUCACCAUGCCUUCCAUGAAGCUGCUGGUUGGCGCUUCUGCCCUGCUUUUGUCCUCCACCACUAUCGCCCAAAGCGUAACGCCGGUACUGGAUCCUAGUUCAUCAGUUGAACAGAUUGUCAGCACUGCCACCCCGUCUGUCUCAUCGAGUCCGUCUGCCUCGUUGAGCUCGUCGAUCUCACCAAGUCCUUCAACCGUCUUACAGCCCCUCUCCUGUGCUGAGAAGGACCUUGGCUACACUUUCUCCCAUACCACCUCGGAGGGGACGUACGACAUCACUUGCGGAGCAGAUUAUCCCGGUGGUGACCUGAAGUUCCUCUGGGCCGAUUCUUUCGACUCGUGUGUGGCCGCCUGCGAUACGGAGAGUGCAUGCCUGACGGUAGCCUUCCGGUCUGGCGCCUGUUACCUGAAGAGCGAUUUGACCAGCGCAGUCACCGAUGGUAGCGUUUGGGCAGCGAAGAAGCAUGGUGCUAAGGCGCCUGACGUUGGUCCUACAUGUGUAGGCAAGGCAAGCGAUACCGCAACAUACGAGUCCUCCACAGGCAGCAAGUUUAAGAUUGUGUGUGGCAAGGAGUACUGGGGCGGUGAUCUCACCGCUACCAGCACAACCUCCUUCAAAGAAUGCAUCGAGACAUGCGCAACAACUUCUGAGUGUGUUGAUGUAUCAUACGUUGAUGGUGCUUGCUACCUCAAGCGCUCCAAGUUGACCCUUGCGGAUGCCGGUCACGUCUGGACUGCAGAGCUCAUCGACCUGACCCCGACUGCUUCGACCUCCUCCACAGUCCCCACUAGCUCAGCUAAUCCGGGCAAAGAUCUCACAUGUCAGGAAGGCAAAGACGACAAGAAGCCCUACACUGCAGUCAACGGUGGCAAAUACAUCGUUGAGUGUGGCGUAGACUACUUCGGCAAUGAUUUGACUGCGGUGGACUCGUCAAGCUUUGCUGCCUGUAUGGAUGCUUGCGACGCGACCGACGGGUGCGUUGACGUAUCUUACGUUUGGGGGCGUUGCUAUUUGAAGGCUUCGGUAACGUCCAGCUCGCCGGCUGGUCAUGUUUGGACAGGUCGCAAGACUAGCGCUGCCUCUGACCCCGAGAUUCUCACUUCUCUGCAGGAAGACGGAGGCAGCUUCUGCACAUCCUACAUCAGCUACAAAGCACCUGUCACUACCACGAUCACAACCACAACACCAGCUGCCUCGACCGUCGCCUCUGUCAAGACAGAGAUUUCGACAUCCACUAACCUCCUCACCUCGUACGCAACUGCUACCGCAAUUCAAACCCUUCCUUGGCUUGAACCUCGACAAGCCAUCCCAACGCCCUCCAUUGUAUCUGGAUUGCCAGCGUCUCGAAUCUCUAGCAUCUGUUCUCUGGUUGCUACAGGAACUUCGACGGUUACUUCGACUGCUACAGCAUCUGUUGCGCCCACCACACUAGUCUCCACCUUUACAAGCGUUGUUCCGGUCACGAGGGUGACCAGACUCACCACGUUCGUCACCAGCUCAACACGACUCCCUAAUCCUACCGCAGCGGUAAAUCUCGACUUCGAGACUGGCGAUAUGUACGCUUGGUCGCCGAUCAACUAUCGAGAGGGCUUUUCUAAUGCCAUAUCUUCGCCUGGGCAUUCGCGAAAUGGCGUGACCUCCAAAUUUGCGGCUUCUAUGUCCAAGGAAGCUGGUUCGCUCGGCGGAUACGGUUGGACCGGAAUUGCACAAGCAACCCCAGAUCUCAAGGCGGGACAGACCUACCGCAUCGAGUUCAGCUGGAAGUACACGGUUGACGUUGACGCGGACGAUCAAUGCCGCACUUUCGUCAACUUCUGGGGCAUCGGACUUGCAAAUCUCAUGCCUUCAACAACCUCCCCGUACCUGAAAGACCGACAGAGGCAUUACCUCGUCACCAUGUCGCAGUGUGGCACCAGUCUCGCCUGGAUGCCGACACUCCAGCAGCCGCAGCCCCCAAAUGAAUGGCGCAGAUACAGCACCUACUUCAGGGCUCCAUACCCGGACUCUUACAAGGGGCUAUCGUUUGGUCUCCACUGCGAUGGCGGUGUGCAAAAGGCCAAGCAGACUGUGUUCUUCGACGACUGGUCCUUCACACCUGUGGCAGCUUGCUAAAGACCCACCGGUCGGUGCAUGUAGAAUGGUCAUGAGGCCAAGACUAGAUACAUAAUGUAUAAUCUUAGAUGAGAGAGUUCCUCCGGUUUUGUCUUGAUAGAUCAGUGAUGUGCUAAGUGUUGAUGGUAGUAAGGGGCCUCUAAGAUCAGUAAGUCUCGGAUGCGAUCCGAUGGUCAGGUCUUUAGAUCGACGCCACCAGAUGCCACACAAGGU